AUGCGGGGAUUUAUUGUCAUUAUUAUCGUUGGCGUUACUUGCGAGCAGCGGCCGCAUUCGACUACUGGUCCCUCUCCUUUUUUAGUUAGCGGAAAGGGACGGUCGCAGGAGGGGAAGCGUUUAAAGUAA